AUGACAGCACUCCACUGGGCAGCUUUCCACAACCGGCCUCAACACACCCAAAUGCUGCUGAAGAAGGGGGCAGACCCCACCCUUGUGGACAAAGACUUCAAAACAGCUCUCCACUGGGCAGUCCAGAGUGGAAAUAGAAUUCUGUGUUCCAUCAUUCUGAGCCAUCACCAGGGUCCGUCCAUAAUCAACUAUGAUGAUGAGAGUGGCAAGACAUGCGUGCACAUCGCCGCAGCAGCAGGUUUCUGCGACAUCAUCAACGAGCUGGCAAGGGUCCCUGAGUGCAACCUGCAGGCUCUGGAUGUGGAUGACAGGACGCCUCUGCACUGGGCUGCAGCUGCAGGGAAAGCAGACUGUGUGCAGUCACUGCUGGAGCUGGGCAUGGACGGCAACCUGCGCGACAUCAAUGAGAGCACGCCCCUGGCCUACGCCCUGUACUGCGGCCACACGGACUGUGUCAAGCUCCUCUCCCAAGAGGGCAGAACAGAGCCUCCUAGACCCCUUCCUGCCCAGAACAGUAGACCCCAGAAGAAGGAGGGACGGUUCAGCAUGCUCAAUCAAAUCUUCUGCAAGAACAAAAAGGAAGAGCAGAGGGCCUAUCAGAAGGACCCCAGCAGGGACUGGCACAGAGGGGAGCACACCUCGGAAGUCGAUGACAUCAUCACCACCUUCGACAGCAACGUGGAUACCAACUGCCAAGAGCAGCCUGGUGAGCAGGUGGCUAUGGUUGACUUUAAGAAGAGGACCUCAGAAAACUCAAAAUAUCACUUGCCAGAAAAGAAGCCUCUGGCCCGUAAAGGGCUUCCACCAAUCAGAACACAGAGCCUCCCACCCAUCACCCUGGGCCAUAACUUCCUGACAGCCUCCCAGGGGGCCACUUCCCAUGCUGGCCUGAGCUCUGGUACUCAUCAUGCGGCCCAGCGAUCUCAGAAAAGCCGAAGUGAGCAAGAUUUGUUGAAUAACAGAACUGGCUGCCAGGCAUUGCUAGAUAACCCUUGGAAAGGUGAUUCUCACCCGGUGUUCUAUAAAGCCUGGACUAGGUCUUCAUCUGACAAGCUGCUAGACAGGUUGCUCACCAGCAGAUCUGGCCACCAGGAAGUAUCAGGGCCCCCACAUCUUCCUCAUCUACAUAAUCCUUCAUCAGGACAAAAUUUUCAGCACCUCUCCCCAAACAGACCCAAAAUCAGGGAUCUUCCUUUCACUCGGAACAACCUAGCUCCCCUACCAGACCAAAAAUUUCUGUCUGGAGAACCUCUACGGACCAACCGAGUGCUUCCUGCUAUUCCAAGCCAGCGGGGACACAGUCCACCAGCUGAAGAGAGUGAAAACUCUGCCAGUUCCACCAAUGAUGAAAAGUAGCUGUGGGUCACUGAUUGUGAAAAUAUAGACAAGAUCUAUUUUCAACUGUAAAAGAACAAGAUUACUCUAGUUCGUAAGAAUGAAGACUGAUCUAGUAAAUUGCAUUCUAUAAGCCAUUCAUGGUUUUUUAACUCAAAGUUCUUUGUUCCACAUAAGCACUUAGAAUCUUUAAUUGUGUAUAUAUAGCAAGUCUGUGAGUUUCUGUGACCUCUACAAGUCAAAUAAAAAGUCACAGUAUGUUAUCAGCAGGGAACCUUAGUUAUGUUUGGUUUGUUUUGUGGCAUGUUUGCUGAUUUUUUUUAAAUGAUUUUCUGUUUUUAAAAAAUGUAUGCUUUGCUGAAUAAAAAAAGCACAUUC